UUAUUGUAAUCGAUUUUCGUUCAUUGACAGUGAAAAAAAUGAAUAACCCUUAUGAAAAAAGAUUAAAUGAAUUGAAGUUAUCAUAUGUCAAUUCUCUUGAAUUGAAUCAAAUAUCGAAACAAUUCAUCGCACAUAUAAAUCGAAUAAAAAAUCUUGGUCAAAUAAUUUUUUGUAAUAUUUUCGAAUCAUUCCGUAAUACGAUUCAAACGGAUAAUUUGAUACCGAUUCCAUGUUCAGUAAAAGAAAUGGCUGAAAAAAUACGGAAAACAUCAAUCGAUCAAUGGUCGAUAAUAAAUCCAUCAUUACAAUGCUAUCGAUUGGAUAAACAGCCACUGUUUUUGAUGGAUUGCAUUCACAUCAAUAUCAAUGAAAGUAUUGUUAAAUUGAUUGAACAAAUUUUACCCGUUAUGAUCGAUAUUGACAAAGAUAUUGAUCGUGUUCAUUAUGCAUUACAGUUAAUAAUGCCAAAAUUGCGUGAUGGAGAAUAUGUAGCCAUUGAUUUACUCGAACAAUUGAUGGAACAAAUUGAAUCGUUUCAAUACGAAAUUCAAACGGCAUAUGAAUGGCUGAUUAGCUAUAAUGAACGAAGAGCUAAUCGAAUCGUCAAUAUUAUCCGUUAUAGUCAUAUUGGUGAUGAUCGAAUCAUUUUAAAUCGAUUCGAUAAAGAUUGUUUAAUCAUGUUUCAUAAAAUUAUUGACGACUUAUAUCGAUGGUCAACAUUAAUGUAUCGAUUAUUCACAAUUAAUCAUGAACAAUUGAUGGAUUUCAAGAAUAUUCACGGCACGACCACUAUCGAUAGAGAAAGAUUUGAAAAUUUUUAUCAAUGA